AUGGAGGCUACCGAUUCUGCCUUCACUAACGGAAGGGCCACCUCUGAAGGGUCAAUCCAGCACGGCCUAGAGCCAACACAGACGGAUCUCAACAGCAGUUACAACAACACAGUGCCUCCCAAACUGAAGGAAAUGAAAAACCAAGAGGCUGCUGUGGGUCAGAAGCUAGUACUAAGGUGUGAGACCACUUCAGACUACCCUGCGCUCAGAUUCAAGUGGUUGAAGAACGGAAAAGAGAUAACCAAAAAAAACAAACCGGAGAAUAUCAAGAUCCCUAAAAAACAAAAGAAAUACUCCGAGCUUCAUAUUUAUAGAGCCACGUUGGCCGACGCUGGGGAAUACGCAUGCAGAGUGAGCAGCAAGCUAGGGAAUGACAGCACCAAAGCCAGUGUUACCAUUACAGACACCAAUGAGAGCACCAGCAAGAUACCAGUAUCAACAGAAGGGACAAAAACUUCUUCACAACCCAUGCUUGGGAUACAAGCUUCAACAGAAGGAACAAACACUUCCUCCUCCACUUCUACGUCUACAACUGGGACAAGUCAUCUCACAAAAUGUGACGUAAAGCAGAAAGCCUUCUGUGUAAAUGGGGGAGAGUGUUACAUGGUUAAGGAUCUCCCAAACCCCCCAAGAUACCUGUGCAGGUGCCCAAAUGAAUUUACUGGUGAUCGCUGCCAAAACUACGUAAUGGCCAGCUUCUACAAGCAUCUUGGGAUUGAAUUUAUGGAAGCUGAGGAACUGUACCAGAAACGGGUGCUGACCAUAACUGGCAUUUGCAUUGCUCUUCUAGUAGUUGGCAUCAUGUGUGUGGUGGCCUACUGCAAAACCAAGAAGCAGAGGAAGAAGUUGCACGACCGCCUUCGGCAGAGCCUGCGCUCAGAGAGGAACAACAUGGUGAACAUGGCCAAUGGUCCACACCAUCCCAACCCACCGCCAGAUAACGUCCAGCUGGUCAAUCAGUACGUUUCAAAAAACGUAAUCUCCAGUGAGCAUGCCGUUGAGCGAGAAACAGAGACUUCGUUUUCCACAAGCCACUACACCUCAACCACACAUCACUCCACGACAGUCACCCAGACACCCAGCCACAGUUGGAGUAACGGCCACACCGAGAGCAUCCUCUCUGAGAGCCGCUCUGUGCUGGCGAGCUCUUCCAUGGAAAACAGCCGGCACACCAGCCCCGCGGGGCCUCGGGGACGCCUCAACGGCAUCGGCGGCCCACGGGAGAGCAACAGUUUCCUCCGGCAUGCGAGAGAGACCCCUGACUCAUAUCGAGACUCUCCCCACAGUGAAAGGUAUGUCUCAGCUAUGACCACACCAGCUCGCAUGUCACCUGAAGAUUUCCACACGCCGACUUCUCCCAAGACUCCCCCUUCCGAAAUGUCUCCGCCGGUUUCCAGCUUGACCAUGUCCGUCCCUUCGGUGGCGGUGAGUCCCUUUGUGGAAGAGGAGAGACCCUUGCUGCUGGUGACGCCGCCGCGGCUCCGGGAGAAGUAUGACCACCACCUUCAGCAGUUCAACUCCUUCCACCACAAUCCUGCCCACGAGAGCAGCAGCCUGCCGCCCAGUCCUCUGCGCAUCGUGGAGGACGAAGAGUACGAGACCACACAGGAGUACGAACCAGCACAGGAGCCUCCAAAGAAACUCGCCAACAGCCGGAGGGUAAAAAGAACAAAGCCCAAUGGCCACAUUUCCAGCAGAGUGGAAAUGGGCUCCAACACAAGCUCUGGGAGCAGUAGCUCUGAGAGCGAAACGGAAGACGAGAGAAUAGGCGAGGAUACACCUUUCCUGAGCAUACCGAACCCCAUGGCCACGAGUCUGGAGCCGGCCACCGCGUACCGGCUGGCCGAGAGCAGGACUAACCCGGCGAAUCGCUUCUCCACUCCGGAAGAGUUGCAAGCAAGGUUGUCCAGUGUAAUAGCUAACCAAGACCCUAUCGCUGUAUAAAAAAAACAUAAACAAAACACAUAGAUUCACAUGUAAAACUUUAUUUUAUAUAAUGAAGUAUUCCACCUUUAAAUUAAACAAUUUAUUUUAUUUUAGCAAUUCCGCUGAUAGAAAACAGGAGAGGAAAAAAAAAACUUUUAUAAAUUAAAUAUAUGUAUGUACAAAUGUGUUAUGUGCCAUAUGUAGCAAUUUUUUACAGUAUUUCAAAAAUGGAGAAAGAUAUCAAUGGUGCCUUUAUGUUAUGUUAUGUUGAGAGCAAGUUUUGUACAGUUACAAUGAUUGCUGUCCCAUAGUAUUUUGCAAAACCUUCUAACCUUUAGUUGUCCUAGCUUUUGUGCACUGCAUUAUAAUGACUGGAUGUAUGAGUUGCAAGAAUUGCAGAAGUCCCUCUGUUUGCUUGUAGUAGAAUUCCCAAAACAAAAAGCCCUAUAAUGGCACUCCCACUCUACCCACCAGAAAAACACAAAAAUACAAAAAAAAAUCAAAAAAGGUAAAAAAGAACAAAAACAAGUUUUCUUCUAUAAGAAGUUUUAUUUGCUUUUCGUAUAUGAAAUGAGUUUUGUCUGCUCUAUGCCAGCCGAAAGGUUUGCUUCAUUGAGCACGGGGAUAAAUGUAGAUAAAGCAGCAUGCUACUAUUAAUUACAGCAGGAUAACAAAAAACCUGCAUUAAAUAAUGUUACUUAUAGAAAGAAAGUAAUACUGUGAUUUUAAACCAAAUAUAUUAUUAAUCAGAGGUCAGCUUAUACUCACUAGGAGCUGUCAUUUCAUUAUUUUCCAAAUAUUACUUGUUCUAGUUAUCCCUUAGGAAAUGGGUUCAUGUUAGCUGAGGCUUUGAACCCAAUACUCUAUUUAAAAAAAAAGAAAAAAAAAAAAAAAGGAUUUCUAUUAGUUUAAGUUAAUGGGGCAAAUACUAUAGCAGAUAUCUGUAAC